UUUCAAAAUUCAUCAUUAUUGCUAUAAAUUCUGAUCUGAUCUCUAUUGAUUUGUAAAAUAUUGACUUUUGAUCAUUUUCACCAAGAAUAUUGUACUAAUUAACUCUUUUUUUCUUUUCCAACUUAAUAGAAUGGAUAAAAUAAAAUGCACACAUAGAGAUGAAUACCCGUAAACCAAAUUCUCAUCACAAUUUUGUUUAAUCAUAUUAAAACCAUUGCAUUAAAUUGAUUGAUUAUCAAUAUAAGGAAAUCUUGUAUAGUGCAAAAAUAAAUCUUGCUAAUAAGUUUUAUAUGAUUGUACUAGGCUGAUCAUUCCACGGGAUAUGAGAAGUACUUGACGUAAUGUUUUAAUAUCUCUCUGAACAAUCAUUAGAUAAAAGUGUCCUUUUAAUCUAAUCUGAAAUAAUUAGUUCGCACUAGAAUUAACACUAAAAAAAACAAAACAAACAAGCACUAGAGAUUUCAUUCCCAUCAAUUCAAAAGGUGAAAAUUUUGUAUCAAAUAAAUUGUAAUAACUUCCUGUAUCUUUAUUCUAGAAAUAGAAAAACUACAGCAGGACUAAGGAAAUGUGACAUAAAAAGCCAACUUAUCUCAAUUACAACCGUUCACAAAUUGUAGCAACGUAACAAUUAAUAUCACGUAGGAAUUGUAAAAAAACAAAAUUAUAUCAACAAAUUCAGCUUGGAAUUUUCAGGUAAUGACGCCUGAACAUGCAAUAGAAUCAUUUAGUGAAGAGAGAUUUGUACACCAAAAAAAUAAAUAGAAGAGUAAGGGGUGAAAAAAAUGAAGUGAUAUUACUUGUCAUUGAUUGAUGUCAUUGUAACACUGUCACAUAUUGGAUGGACUGAAGCACAGUGGAGGAUUCUAUCUGCAUAGUCAAAAACACUUGAGGCUAAAAUUCAGAGAGUCAACAAUGGAGAUGUAAGCAAACUACUGGAAUAUGGCAAUCCCUGUAUUAUGUAUUGAACUGUACGCGAUCAGUCCCAUAUGGAUUGUAGUGUUAGAGUUGUAGCCUCAAAGUCAAACGCGGCUAAACGGGCCGCCACGGGACAGGAAGAUUACAGUGUGACCAUUUGCCUCCAGGAAAUUCAUAACAUGGGGCUUACAUUCAGUAUUUACACUGCACUCAGAUCCUCAAGACAUUGUAAUUGGUUGAAGCCCCAGGGAUUACCAUUGAAGCUACAAAUAGGACUCCAUCCAAAAUAAAACAUUACCAUAAAUGCUCAAUCAAGGAAUUUAAUCGCCAUUUGCUGCUACUAACAGCUUCUCCCAACACUAACGAUGGAUAUCGCUUCUCAGAUCUACAUUUCGUUGGAGGCAGUGAUUGGAAUAACGGCAAUUGCAGGCAAUGCUUUGGUUCUAAUUGCUAUUUUUAAAUUCCCAAAGCUCCAGACCAUUACCAAUUUCUUUAUAGCUAGUUUAGCUGUAGCAGACUUGCUAGUGGGUAUUUUUGUUGCCCCUCUAGCUGCACUCAGCUACUUAGGAUUACCUGAAGAUUACCUAGGAUGUGUGUUCACAAAUUCCAUCGUGGUGGUACUAACACAAAUUUCCAUAUUCAAUUUAGUGGACGUGGCAAUAGAAAGAUUCAUAGCCAUUAAGAAUCCAUUCUUCUACCAGGAAUACAUGACAAAAAAAGUUGCUGUGAUCAUGAUUACAGUUUCCUGGGUGCUUGCAAUAAUCAUUGGACUCAUACCAGUUUUUGGAUGGAAUCUUGGUCCAAUGAAAGACAACAAGUGUGCUUUUGUGGCAGUGAUAGAUUUUGACUACAUGGUCUAUUUUAACUUUUUUGGAUUCGUGCUUGUGCCAUUAAUUGUCAUGUUCAUGAUCUAUUCCUACAUAUUUUACAUUGUGCGCCAACAAAUGGCCAAGAUAUGUGCUUUAGAAGUCAUCCAGAAGUCGGAAACCCAAAAAUUGAAAAGUCGGUUCAAACGAGAAGUGAAAGCUGCAAAAUCAUUGGCCGUUGUGUUUGGUGUUUUUGCGCUUUGCUGGUUACCAAUUCAUAUUCUAAACUCCAUAUCCCAUUUGUGCAAAUCCUGCAGCUACCCCAUAAACCUCCUUUUGGCAGCCAUUCUGUUGAGUCACAUAAACUCCAUCAUAAACCCCUUCUUGUAUGCCAUAGGCAACAGUCAAUUUCAAGUUGCCUUCAAGAAAAUGUUCUGUGGAAAAUUCUCAGUGCAUAGUUUUGAUGAUGAAUACACAGUCUCAAGAGUAAGGCCACAGAAUCAAAGAAAAAGUGAAGAACAAGAAACAGCAAAUCAAAUAGCAACCAAACCCCACGUUAACAAUGGAUAUACUGGAUCCAAUGGGGAUUUACAAAAACCUUUACAAAAUGGACAAGUCUUUCACAUAUCUUCAUGACACAAUAAAGAGUUUAUUUUUAAAUUAUCUAUUGAUAUUUUGGCAUUUUGAUGUUGUAAGUUUUUUGACAUUUUAUCCAAGUUGUUCUCUCUUCAUGUGACAAAUUAUAUGGGUCCAUAUCAUGAUAUUUUUGUUAAGUUAUCAAUAAAAGUUACAUAAAUACU